UGAACUUUAUUAAAUUAGUGAAAUCAAAAUGAAAAUUAAUAUUAUUCUUAUAUUAUUUCAUGCAUCAAUGGUGGUGUCCUCCAUUUUUGGGUUCAAUUCAACAACAACAAAAAAUGGAAACAUGAAGUGCAAAGAGAGGGAGAGACAUGCACUCCUCACUUUCAAACAAAGUGUUCAAGACAAAUAUGGCAUGUUGUCCACGUGGAAGGAAGGUCCAAAUGAAGAUUGCUGCACAUGGAAUGGAGUUCAUUGCAACACCCAAACCGGUUAUGUUCAAACGCUUGAUCUGCAUGGAUCUGAUACAAAAUAUUUGAGUGGUGAAAUCAAUCCUUCAAUAGCUAUGCUCCAAUAUCUCAAAUAUCUAGACCUUAGUUAUUUGAAUAAUAGUGGUCAAAUCCCAAAAUUUAUUUGCUCCUUUAGCAAAUUACGAUACCUCAAUCUCUCAAGUGGCUUUUAUAACGGGGAGAUUCCUUCUCACUUUGGAAAUCUCACACAACUGCGACACCUUGAUCUCAGGGACAAUGAACUCAGUGGAGCAAUUCCUUCUCACCUUGGAAAUCUUUCAUUGUUGCAGUCUUUUAUACUCGGUCGAAAUUCUGAUCUUAAAAUCAACGGUCAAACUCAAGGCAAUGUUGAGUGGCUGUCCAACCUCUCUUUUUUGAGAAUUCUUGACUUGAGUGGAGUUCAAAAUCUCAACAAUUCUGCUCAUCACACUUUGUUAUCCAUAGGGAAGCUUCCAUUCCUAGAACACUUGUCUCUAAGUGAAUGUGGCCUUUCUAACUCCAAUAUCCCUCUAUUAUCUGAUUCCCAUUUGAAUUUUUCCACCUCUCUUACUCACCUUGAUCUAUCUGAGAAUAUGUUAACAUCAUCAUCAUCGAUGAUAUUUCACUGGGUGUUUAACUACACCUCCAAUCUUCAAGUUCUCUAUCUUAAUAAUAACUUUUUAAAAGGUACCAUUCCUGAUGAAUUUGGCACUAUAAUGAACUCACUUGAGACACUCUAUCUAUCCGACAAUAGUCUAGAGGGAAAGAUCCCUAAAUCCAUUGGGUAUAUACGGACCUUGAAGGAUUUUGAAGCUGACAAUAAUCAAUUGAGUGGAGAGCUUUCAGAUUUUAUUAUCCAUAAUAACUAUUCCAACAGCGUUGGAAAUGUAUCCUCCUUACAAUAUUUGUCAUUAUCAUAUAAUCAUAUUUCCGGCAUGUUACCCGACCUUUCAAUCCUCUCAUCUUUGAUAGGGUUGUAUCUUUAUGGAAAUAAAUUAAUUGGAGAAAUACCCACGAGCAUCGGAUCUCUUAAGGAGUUAGAGGUUUUGUACCUGGGCGAUAACUCUUUUGAAGGUAUAGUCUUUGAAUCUCAUUUCACAAACCUCUCCAAAUUGCAUUCCCUAGCUUUGUCUCAUAACUCGUUCACUAUGAUGGUUAGUGAUCAAUGGGUUCCUCCUUUUCAAUUAUCUGGCUUUGCUUGUUCAUCUUGUAAUUUUGAUUCUAGAUUUCCUAAUUGGCUUCACACACAGAAUUAUUUAUCCGUUCUUCGCCUUUCAAAUGGUAGUAGUCUCACUGGUCAAAUACCUCACUGGUUUUGGGAAAAAUUGCAAACACUAGGUUUAUUGGACAUUUCAAAUAACAAUCUCACAGGCAUGAUUCCUAGUUUGGAACUCAAUCUUGCCCAUUGUCCUAUAAUAGAUUUGCAUUCAAAUAAACUAGAAGGUCCCAUUCCUUCUUCUUUACUUCAAGCAGGAGCACUGCAUCUUUCCAAUAAUAAAUUUUCAGAUCUAGCUUCUUUUCUAUGCAGCAAAAAUAAUCCUAAUAAUUUAGGAAUUCUUGAUCUAUCAAACAAUCAAUUAAAAGGUGAGAUACCUGAUUGUUGGAGUAGUUUUAAAUCAUUACAAGUUGUUAACAUGAGCAAUAACAUGUUAUCUGGAAACAUUCCCUUCUCAAUGGGAACCCUUGUUAACAUGGAGGUUUUGAUUUUAAGAAAUAAUAGUUUUAGUGGGCAACUCACUUCCUCAUUGAAGAAUUGCUCAAACAAGUUGGCUCUUUUGGACCUCGGGGAAAAUAUGUUUCAUGGUCAAAUACCUUCAUGGAUUGGAGAUAGCUUGCAACAAUUAGUCAUCUUAAGCCUUCGAUUCAAUAACUUCUUCGGAAAUAUACCUUUGAAUCUAUGUUAUUUGAGAAAGCUCCGAGUCUUGGAUUUGUCAGUAAAUAACUUAUCAGGUGGAAUCCCAACUUGCAUACAAAAUUUUACUUCAAUAGCUCAAAACUUCGUGAAUUCAACUACAUCAGUGGAGCACUUGUAUUUUGGAAGGAAUAUGACUUUUGGUACACUAUAUAAUUACGAUGUCAUCCUGAUGUGGAAAGGUGUAGACCGAUCCUACAAAAAUGCAGAUGUUUUGCUAAAAAGCAUUGAUCUCUCUUGUAACCAUCUGACAGGGAAAAUACCAACCGAAAUAGAGUACUUAUUUGGGUUAACUUCCUUAAAUUUGUCAAGGAACAAUCUCAGCGGAGAAAUCGUUUCAAACAUAGGAAAUUUAAAGUUGCUAGAAUUUCUUGAUUUGUCAAGAAAUCACUUAUCAGGAAGAAUUCCUUCUAGUCUAACUCAAAUUGAUCGUCUUGCUGUGUUGGAUUUGUCAAACAAUCAGCUCUAUGGAAAAAUUCCCAUUGGAACACAGUUGCAGACAUUUGAUGCUUCAAGUUUUAAAGGUAAUUCUAACUUGUGUGGAAAGCCCUUUGAUAAAAAAUGCCCUGGAGAAGAUCCACCAAAACAUCAAGUUCCAACAACCGAUGAUGCAAGAGAUGAGAAUUCAGUAUUUUUGGAAGCAUUAUACAUGAGCAUGGGGAUAGGAUUCUUCACAGGUUUUGUUGGCUUGGUAGGAUCAGUAUUGUUCGUACCCUCUUGGAAAGAAAGCUAUUCCAGAUUGUUGAACACUUUGAUAAAGAAAGCCAUCAUGUGGUGGAAGGAGUGACUACAGCUGUCUAGUUGCUCUAAAGUGGAUGAAUGAUAAACAGGAUAAUCUUCUAUGUCUUCUGUUCGGAAUGAGUACAGCUUUUGUUGAAUUAUAAUAAUGUUGUUGGUUAAUGGAUAGGAUGGAUGUCUAUUCUUGUUGUGUACUAAAUAAAAUCAAUGUCAUUUUGUUGUUAAACUUUCGUGUUUGGUAGUUUUCGAGUGAAAAUGUAAUCGAUUGA